AUGCAUAACAACUCAACAUGCCUUCAACCAUCCGAGAUCUCAUCAAUGGGUUUACCAACUUCUUACAUCUUUCUUUGUAUUAUUGGUCUCUUUAGAAACUCACUUGCUCAGUGGUUAUUUUUAACAAAAAUAGGUAAGAAAACAUCAACACAUGUCUACCUGGCAAAUCUUGUGACUGCAAAUUUACUUGUGUGCAGUGCCAUGCCAUUCAUGGGUAUCUAUUUCCUGAAGGGCUUCCAAUGGGAAUACCAAUCUGUGCAGUGCAGAGUGGUCAAUUUUUUGGGAACUCUAUCCAUGUUUGUCAGCCUCUUAAUUUUAAGCUGGAUUGCCAUAAACCGCUAUACUACCUUAUGAAAAAGAAUGAAAAAGGAGUCCAUGCAGGAGACCACGUCAUGCUAUGAGAGGAUAUUCUAUGGCCAUUUACUCAAAAGAUUUCGCCAGCCCAAUUUUGCUAGAAAAAUGUGUAUUUAUAUAUGGGGGGUUAUACUAGUUGUAAUUAUUCCCAUUACUAUAUACUACUCAGUGGUAGAGGCUACAAAAGGAAAAGAGAAACGAUGCUACAAUCUGAAGAUGGAACAAGGAGCCACAAUUUCUCAGAUUGCUGGCCUCAUUGGAACUACAUUCAUUGGGUUUUCAUUUUUAGUAGUUACAUCAUAUUACUCUUUUGUCAGCCAUAUAAGAAAAGUAAAGACCUGUAUAUCUAUUAUAGAGAAAGAUUUGACUUACAAAUCUAUGAAAAGACAUAUUUUGAUUAUCCAGGUCCUACUAAUAGUUUGCUUUCUUCCAUAUAUUAUUUUUUAGCCUCUUUUUUAUGUUCUGCAAAGAGAGGACUGUCAGCAAUUGAAUUAUUUAAUCGAAGCAAAAAACAUCCUAACUUGUCUUGCGUCAGCCAGAAGUAGCACAGACCCUAUUAUAUUUCUUUUGUUAGAAACAUUCAAGAAAACACUAUAUAAUAUCCUCACAAAUCAUAAUUCACCACAAAUACAAACAUAUAAUUGA